AUGGCGACCGAAGAUGCGCGAUACCGGCUUUCGACCCAGUACCGGCUGUGGUCCUUCUCCCCGUCCAAAUUGGCCGAACUUCGAGAAACGACGAACAGCCUCGCCAAGACGAACAUUAGCGCUCGGCUCCUCGAGCUGAGAGGUGGUAACCAGGAUGAGCCUCUGCCUGAGUUCCUCUCGGCCGCCGAAGAGACCCAGCUGCUCAAGUUCUUCACCGUCGAGCUUAUCCGCGCCGCCACCUUCUGCGGCCUGCCCACCGAAGUCAGAGCUACUGCCACGGUCUUCCUCCGCCGAUUCUUCGUGACCAACUCCGUCAUGACCUACCCGCCUACCGGAUUGCUCAAGACGUGCCUGUUCUUCGGAAGCAAAGCAGAGGGAAUUUACACGAGACUUGCCAAAUUUGCCGACAAGUUUCCCAACACGAGCGAGGAGGAGAUUCUGGCGGGAGAGUUCUUGCUGUGCCAAGGAGUGCGCUUUGCCUUUGAUGUCAGACAUCCGUUCCGUGCUCUGGAAGGAGCCAUCUUGGAGCUGCGAAGGUAUCCCGAUCUUGAGAAAUCCCGAGUCGAGACCGCCCACCUUCGCGCUCGAGAGUACCUCAAGUUCAGCUCUCUCGUCACCGAUGCCUAUUUCCACUACACCCCCAGCCAGAUCAUGCUUGCCGCUCUCUCGCUCGCUGACAGAGAACUUGCCGAGAAAUUCGUACAAGGAGCCUUUGCCCCUCCUCAUAACGGCGAGGGCGCCCACAAGACGGAUCCGACACCUCGAUCUGACCUCAGAGACAAGGUAAUGGGAACAAUAGAGUCGUGCCGGGAGUUGCUGGCAACAGAGCCUCCAGAGCGGCUGGAAGAAUACUGGGGCCAGCCUGAGAGCACCAAGCUGAUCCGACCCCUUCUUCGAAAGCUGAAGAAGUGCAGAGACCCCGAUCGCGCAGACCUGGUGGCCUUGCAGAAGGCCCGGCGGGAGAUGGCGGCGCAAAAGGAGCCCCGCCGCCCGAAGGCCGAGGGAGACGGCUCAGCGUUCGGCGGAGAGAUCGCAGCAGCAAACGGGAACGAUGCACGGGAGGCGAAACGCAGAAAGGUAGCCGAAGGAGGCGACGAUGUCUUUGGCCCAGCAUUGUGA